AUGAACGGAUCCGAUGCGAAUGUAGAGGUUGAUCUCUAUGAGAUUCUCUCUAUCGAUAAGGGUGCAUCGGGAGAAGAAGUCAAGAAGGCUUACCGCAAGGCCGCUCUCAAGUUCCACCCCGACAAGGUCCCCGAGGAGCAGCGAGCCGAGUCCGAGAUCCGGUUCAAGGAAGUCACCCAGGCCUAUGAGAUUCUCAGCGACGAUGACAAGCGCCACCUAUACGACACACACGGCAUGUCUGCCUUUGACAAGUCCAAGGGUCCCGGUGGACCUGGCGGACCCGAGGUCGACCUAGACGACAUCCUCUCCCAGAUGUUCGGCUUCGGCAUGGGCGGCGGUGGCGGCGGCGGCGGCGGCGGCAUUCCGGGGAUGGGCGGCAUGGGCGGCAUGGGCGGAGGACCGCGCAAGCCCCGCAAGGGCCGCAACGAGGAGCAGGAGUACAAGGUGACGCUGGAGGAGCUCUACAAGGGCAAGACCGUCAAGUUCGCGGCGGACAAGCAGGUGGUCUGCGGCAGCUGCAAGGGAUCCGGCGGCAAGGAGAAGGCCAAGCCGUCGUCCUGCGACCGCUGCAAGGGCCAGGGUAUGGUCGACGCCAUUCGACAGGUGGGGCCCGGCCUGAUGAGUCGCGAGACGGUGCUGUGCGACCACUGCGCCGGCGCCGGCUUCACCUUCAAGGAGAAGGACCGCUGCAGGCGCUGCAAGGGCAAGCGCACCGUCCAGGAGAAGAAGGUGCUCGAGCUGUACAUCCCCCGCGGCUCCCUGCAGGGUGAGCGCAUCGUCCUCGAGGGCGAGGCCGACCAGUCGCCCGAUCAGAUCCCCGGCGACAUCGUCUUCACCAUCGCCGAGGAGCCCCACGGCACCUUCACCCGCCUCGGCCAAGACCUCUCCGCCGAGCUCAAGAUCACGCUGGCCGAGGCCCUCGGCGGCUUCUCCCGCACCGUCCUCAGGCACCUCGACGGCAGGGGCAUCGCCAUCGAGCGGCCCCGCGGCAAGAUCCUCCGCCCUGGGGACUGCCUCAAGAUCCCCGGAGAGGGUAUGCCCCUCCCCAGGGGCGAGCAGAGGGGUGACCUCUACCUCCUCGUCAACAUCGAGUUCCCCCAGGACGGCUGGCUCAAGGACGACGCCGCCUACGACUCUCUGACCAAGAUGCUCCCGCCGCCUAACGAGUCCAUCGAGGCUGACGAGGUCGACGAGGUAGAUUAUGAGGACGAUGCUGAUAUUGAAAAGAUGGGCGAGAACUCUGGUGACCCCCGUUUCGGCAACGAGUGGGAAGAGGAAGACGACAUAGAAGAAGGCCAGGCUCAGUGCCAGACUCAGUAA